AUGAAGAAGAUAUUCCGACUUAUAAAUCCAGCUCCGCUUACGGCUCGAGUGCGUUCCAGGGAAUGUUGCACCUAUUUAUAUCGCCUACUGAAGUUCGUUGGUUGGAUACCGCCAAAGCAGAAUUUACAGCGAUAUCUAUACCUCUUUUGGUCUGCGCUAGUACUUACUUUUGGCGAGCUGUACGUACCACUGGGCCUAGCACUAAGCCUUGUUAAGAACUUUACGAAUUUUACGCCCGGUGAUUUUCUUGGCGUACUGCAAGCAUUCGUCAACGCCAACGGAGCGACAUCAAAGAGCAUCGUGGUCAUAUUUUUGUAUUCGCGCCUGAGUCAAAUGGAGUCAGUACUUGACAUUAUGGACGAGCGACUGCGUACUGAAAGCGAUCGCCGGAGGAUCCACAAAGCUGUUGCUGAUUCCAACUACAUAUUUUUGGUUUACGCAAUAGUGUACUGCUGCUUUAUUACGUCCGUAUUUGUGAGUGGCGUACUGAAUGGGCAGCCGCCGUGGUUUCUAUACAAUCCGAUCUUCGAUUGGCGCAGUGGAGCGAUCAAUUUUUGGAUGCAAUCGAUCCUUGAGCAAAUCUUUGUAACCUUAUCGGUGUUGACGGUUCUAAUAUGGGAUACAUAUCCCCUCAUUUUUGUGUUUAUGAUGCGAGCACACGUCAAAUUGCUGAGGGAGCAUAUCCUUAAUCUGCGCACAGAUCCCCUUAAAACAGAGACUGAGAACUAUGAUGAACUCACGCGCUGCAUACGAGAUCACAAGCUGAUUUUACAAUGCUGUGAUAUUAUGCGCCCCGUCCUCUCGGGCAUCAUCUUUGUACACUUUCAACUGGUUGGCGUUCUACUUGGAGUGAUCAUGAUUAACGUUUUAUAUUUUUCGGAUCUCAUGCAUGGCAUUUCAUCGCUUAUAUAUCUAACUGCCAUUCUAUUGGAAUCAUUUCCCUGCUGCUACCUGAGCGACUUGCUCGCCGAAGAUAGCACUGAUUUGUUGAAUUUACUGGCCCAAUCGAACUGGCCCAAUGCCGAACGCAAAUAUAAGUCCACUUUAAUUAUAUUUAUGCACCACGUGCAACAGCCAAUUGUCUUUAUAGCCGGUGGCCUCUUUACCAUCUCAAUGAAUAGUAACAUUAAGAUGGCCAAAUUUGCGUUCAGCGUUAUGACCAUAGUGCAGCAAAUGAAUCUGGGCGAUCGCUUAAAAUAG